AUGACAAUACUUCCGCUACAGGCUACACACCACACAGCCACUUCCCACACUUUGUUGGAUCUUGUCACUGUUUGUGAUGCUGAUGCUGUGAAGAGUCAUGGACAGGUGCCAGUGCCGGGUCUCUCAGCUCAUGAUCUGGUUUAUUGCAUUUAUGCUGUGAAAGCCCCCAAGUCACAAGCAAGAAUCAUAAGAUACCGUGAUUAUAAGAAUAUUAAUUACUCGGAGUUGUUUGCUGACCUUUUCUCUGUUCCUUGGCAUCAUGUUGUCAUGGCUGCUACUAUUGAUGAGAAGCUGGAAGUAUUCCAACAAAUUAUGUGCGAGCUGUUCAAUAAACAUGUGCCGUUGAGGAGCAAAAAGGUAACUAGGAGACCAGCUCCCUGGAUAACACCGGACAUACGUCAGCUUAUGAACGAGCGUAAGUAG